AUGGGAACUAGACUCAAGAAUGAGGAACUUGAGGAACUAAUGACCCAACUGUCAGCUGAUGGUGAUAAUACAGGUGGUCUGAAUGAUUUGAUGGAUGCUAUCAGUUAUAUCAAGGGAGAGGUGAUUGAUAUCCAGGACUUAGACAACUUCCUAGCAAAUGAGGGCGUUGAGCUCACAAAAGAGGAAUUGAAGAAACUGAUGCCUCAUUUGACAUUCAAUGACAGGAUUACUGGCCACAUGGCAGUUUCUGACAUUAAAGCAAAACUUAAACUGAAUCCUUUAACAAAAGUACCCAACUUCCAUGCCAAGAGGGAUAAAGAAUUACCAGGACCUCUGCCAUGCCAAUUACAGCACAAAGAAAGGAAGUUGAGCCCUUCACAAAUGCGAGCCUUCCAAGAUGCCUACAACUUCUUUAACAAGGAUAAAACUGGUUGCAUUGAUUUACAUGGAAUGAUGUGCACUUUAGCUAAGUUGGGAAUGAAUGUAACCAAGCAUGAUGUCUGCCAUGAACUAAGAUGUGCUGAUAUUGAUCGAGAUGGGAAGGUGAAUUUCUCCGACUUUAUAAAGGUGCUAACAGAUAAGAGCCGCUUCCUUAAGGCUGUAGUUCCAGAAAAGGAGACCUGUUUAGAUUUGGCUGGCAACCCAGGGAUCCUAUUGUUUGAAAUCCUAUCAAAGCUUGUAGAGACUUCAGCCUUACCCAGAAAGGCUAUAAUGGAAAUAGUAAGCUAUUUCCGAAGAAAAUUCCAGGAAACCGCCUCAGGAAUGGUGUGGAGCCCCUAUGCUGCAGCUUAUGGACAAAGGAGAUUUAAGCCAGACAUAUGCACACCUCCAAGCUCAAGCACAGCUGCCUUUGCUAAUGCUGCCCGGAUUGCAAUAAUGAAAGAAAAGGAUUUAUUUAAAUUUCUUGAAGAGCUCAAGAGAUGCAGUCCUCCUUCAGAUAGCCCAUAUUCAAAAAUACCCAUCUUUCCACUGUUUCCUAAUGUGGAUGAGGUGGUGAUGGGAAAGCCAUUCAAACAUAUACAAAAAUUAGAAAUGCUAAGGAGAAAGGAGCCUCUGAAUUUCUUUGAGAACUAUUUUUUCCAUAAAAAAGACUGGAAAACACAGGCAGCAAACAUAAAGCCUAUCGACCCUACCUCAGGGUACCCAACUGACAUCCUCACUAUCGACCAAAUACUCAAGAGAAAGCAGAAUUGGACAGUGGCUGAUGCAGCUGCUAUUAAACAGCACGUAAAGAGAGCUACAGAUACCUAUAACUUGGGACUUGCCCUUGAGCACCGGAAACAAAUGCUAAACCUCUGGCGGAAGAUCCGAGGGGAUUUGAUUGCGAUAGGCAGUAAAAAUGAGUCCUUUUAUGACACCUUUUCUACUUAUACAUGGUCCUGGAAUGUCUGCCAAGAAUUACUUUCCCCGAAGGACUUAAGGUUAUAUGAUGCCUACGUGAACAGAAAUUCCUUCCACAACUCUGUAUUCUCUUCCUCUUCGGAUAUCAGUGAAUGUGACAUAGACACAGGAAGAAAAAGAAAACGGAAAGCCUUCAAAAGGUUUCGACAAUGA